AUGCGGACACGGAGCUCAAGAUCUUACGCCCUCGAACCGCGCGACGCUUAUGAGAUUGCUGGUCAUGGAUUGCUGGACACCAUAGAAGAAAGCUUCUAUCUGGACGAUGAGUCCGAUGAGGAGGCAAAUGCAAAUGCUGAAGAGCAAGACGUAGGUGGGGAGGAUGUCAGUUCAGGCUUGAGGAGCUAUCUCUGGWGUGAAAAGGAGUCGCCAUCUCUGGAAUCUCCGCCCAAACGCUUGCUCGUGAAGUUGCGAAUCCCAAGCACAUAUGCUUCAUCGCUGACCUCGCCUGGGCUUGGUGGAGAUGGUCGUGUGGGCGAGGGUGAGCUGGACAAUGCCAGACUCCAGGAAGGAGUAUCUAGCGACAAGCCGAUGUUGAACAACGAGCGCCCACGCCUUGUUGUCGUACUCCGCAUGCCGCGAUCUGCCGGUCAGAUCGAGAGUACAGACCCGGAGCACGCCAUCCUGAAGCUCGAUCAGCAGCAGGUCUCUGAUGCUACCAGAGAAGUCAUCGUUGGGGCUGUGCCAGAGGUGCCAGAGGGAGAAGGCGCAGUUGAGACUAAGUUAGAGGCAGAAAAGGGCAGUGAAGAGCUCGCGGGAGAAGACCAGAAAGAGCGAGUUGAAGCAAGCGCACAUGUCAAUUCGAAGAUGCACAAGCAGACGAGACUUAGGGACGAACUGUUUCCUAUACAAAUCGUCAAAGCCGGGCUGGAGCGGCAUGCUCGUUUUGAGAAAGAUCAGAAUUUGGACACUUGUGAGCCUAUGAAGCAUCAUGUCGAGCACGAAGCCACGCACACUCCCGAUGGGCUACCACACCACAUUGGGAUCCCUGGUCCCACUCGAGAAGUUCCAGCAGCAGAAGCGCAACUGGAGUCUGAGGCGAACAUUGAUGCGAAGAUCGAUGAAGUAUCAAUGGGUAGCAUUUUGACACCUGAGGCAGGCGCUCAAGGCCCGGUAGAAGCUGAGCCUUCUCUUAAAAAACAAAUUGGUGUGCAUAACCAGCCCGAAGUAAUCGACCGUGAAGACGAAGUCGAUCCUCGCGAAGACGAGGUCAAAAUCCACAAAGACUUGCCACCUAACACGAAGGAUGAAUCUCGAAUCGAAAGGCAGCCAAAAGAUAACUCUCUGGAAGCAUCAGAACAUGAUAGCUCGCUCGGUGACAGUAGCACUGGUAGCUCUCUCGCCGAUGACAGUGCUUGGCCCACAAAGACAACAUCAGAGGAACCCACUGCGUCUGUCGUACCUACGCCACUCACUAUGCCUUCCCCGGACCUUCACUCUCCCACACCAUCGCCACCGCCAUCACCUCACACUCAGAGCAGAAAGCGCAGUCUUCCUCAAAAUGAGACAGGGGAGACGGAAAGGUAUGGUCGCAAGAGGCAGAGAGUGGUUCAGGAGUAUGAGAGCGCGGAAGUUGGCAUUACGAGGCAGAAAGAAGCCAAGUGUGAGAUUGUGGUAGCAGCAAGUCCGAAGGCUCAGCAGAAUCAACGGCGGUUCCCCAAACCCAUCAUCGGCAUUGAUGAGCGAUUGCACGUUCCUCGCAGUGCGUGCGAGAAAGCGGAAUCAGCUGGAAACCGUUGCUCCCAAUCCCAUAGCAUCGCUGAUGAUCGGGAUCACAGAUCUCACCACCACCAGCAGGUGAGAAGACCGGUGCAGAAACCCAAGAGAAAGCCGAUUGCAAAAUCGGGACGACAAAGGUUACUGGAGCAGCGAAUGUCCUCUUCCUCACAGCGUGUGCGAGGUGGUCCAAAGCCUCAUGCGAACGCGCGACCCGCGAAGAGAAAGCGGCACGGAUCAUGA